AUGUGCAUAAACGCGGCCAACAUGGUUAGCAGCAACGUUGUUGCCAUCAACGAGCACAGCUCGAUCUACACCAGCCUACACAUCAACAGGUUUCAGCUGGCAACGUACUCGAGAUGUCGUGCUAUCACUAUCGUCCACUUGGUCGUGCACAACCUAGACAACUCAAUCCAGCUUAAGUUCGACAUUCCAUACCACAAGGAGGGCAAGGAUACACCUAUGACGCGCGACUUUAGACCCGGCCAUUUUGUUUCUGACAACAGCAUCGACUACCGCUUGAUUGUUCAGUCAGAGACCUCCUUCAGUGCAUUUGGCUGUAUUGGCAACUCCGAUUGGGAGAUUGUUGAAGGUACGUCUGAUUACCCCGAGACCAGCGAUGUGCUUGCUGCCAACUUCAAUCAAAACAUCCCAGAGUACCCCAAGCUGCUACUAUACUCUGGCGCAUGCGUUCCAAUGAGCCAUGGGCCACCGGCCAGUUUAGAACCCUUGUGGGUUUUGGCAUAUUUGCACGUCAGCUUGGGCUGCUGCCGCAAAUAUGGGCCUUUGGGGUUGCAUGAUCGUUAUUAUACUGCGAAGUGCGAGCUGUUCUUUAACCACGUGCACAAUGGUCAGACUGCCAAGUUGAUUUUUUCAGAAUACCAGGCGAGGCAGUAA